CAUCGUUAGUAUAUUGGAAUUGUGUCGAGCGUGAUUCGGCUCGCUGCGACCGCUGCCCUUUCUUCCUCUCGGCCAGGCUCUCUCGACUACAAGGCGCUCUCUCGGUAUCCUCUGUUCCAUAUAUACCAUACGAACACACACUCACGCUCAUUUGCCGUCGAAAGUCAUAUUCCCUCUACACGGGCCCUCGAUCGGCGCCUACGGCUUGCAACCUAGCAGGCAGCAGCUCGCCGUCCACCAACGAUGACGAUCUCGCUCUCGCAUGUGGCCACCUCGACGACGCCGACGGUGGUCAAGACAUUCAUCAAGCACUAUGUGACGCAGAUGCGAAAGGAGAAGGAGGACAGGCGGACAGAGGCCACGGACGAGCUCCUCUUCCACGAGGCAUUUAUGAUCAUCAAGCAGUUCAUCGAGAUUGCCACCAGAGACACCGUCGAGUCGCUCCAGUCCUUUACAAACACCCAUGUACCCGCAGCGCCGACGACGCGAGUCUCGCGCGUCAUUGUGCCCCUCGAGAGCUGCGACGAGGCCGCCAAGUGGCUCAUCGAGUACUUUGGCGAAAAGGACUUGCGGGACCUCGUCGGUGGCGCCAAGUGGUGGCAGGUGCGCGGCCUGGCGGGCAUCCAAGCGGAAUGGAUGGCGAUGCGCGACGACUGGAAGCGCGCCGAAUUCGUCGAUGGCGCAAACAUUUCCCAGCCCGAGCUGUUUGAAAAGGCGAAGACGGCAAAGCAGAACAAGCGCCACGAGCGCAAAGUCUCGAGGCACAAGGUCGAAGGCAUGCGCAGCCGCCGCUCGCUCAACGGCAAGGACCACCACCAAAAACAUCAGAAGCGGAGAAAGCGAAGAGAGGGCAAUGGCGACAACGGCGGUAGCGAUGUGGACGAUGAGGACGAUGACGGCGAAUUCGACUCCGAGGGGCAGAAGUUUGAGGAGCUGGACCGGCUCAAGAGAGUCAUGUACUAUGUCCAUGGCGGAGGCACCUACUUUGGCUCGAUCAACACCCAUCGCAUCAUGAUUGUCCGCUUCGCAAGAAAGUUUGGUGGGAGAGCAUUUGCGAUCAACUACCGAAAGGCGCCCAACUACCCCUGGCCGUGCCCGCUCCACGAUGUCCUUGCCGGCUACUUCUACCUCAUCAACCCGCCUCCCGGUGCCAAGCACAAGGCCAUCGACCCCUCCAACAUUGUCAUUGCUGGCGACAGUGCAGGGGGUGGACUCUGCCUCGCCCUCCUUGCCGUCCUGCGCGACCUGGGUAAGCCCCAGCCGUCGGGUGCGGUGCUGCUCAGUCCGUGGUGUGACAUGACGCACAGCUUUCCAUCCAUCUUGCAAAACACCGACACCGACAUUAUUCCUCGCUACAGCUUCAUCCACAAGCCCAGCACCCUCUGGCCCGUUCCCGGUGUGCGACCCGAAAAGGGAUCCAAGAAGCACGCGGCCGGCAAGGAGGACGGAGAGGCAAAGGCGGACAAGGGCGAGAAGCACAAUGAGGCCUCGCACCCGCCCAAGGCUCGCUCAGACCACAAUAGCCGCACGCCAACGGCUCGAACUCCCACGGGCGAGCGCAAGCCCGAGCUCGCCGUUCCGCACGGUGUCGAUCCAAGCCUCGAUAGCGGCAAGGGCAUCAAGGAAAAGCUCGGUCUCCAUGGCGCGACCGACCGCCAAGGUCUCUCGGUGGCCGAGGUCAGGAGCAAUGAGAGCGAUCAUCCGGAAGCAGAGAUUGCCACGGAAGGUGCUGCCGAUCCGGCACAGCCCGUCAUUGCACCACCUCUAGACCACCUCUACGCUGACCCGAUCCAGGUGGCUGUCCAAGGCAAAGACGGCGAGAACAAGACGAUCGCCCUCCGACAGCAGAUCCAGCUGUAUGCGACAAAUGCGCAAGUAUUCCACCCGCUCUGUUCGCCCAUCCUUCAGGGUAGCCUCGGCGGUCUACCCCCGCUCUACAUCCUUGCUGGAGACUCGGAGGUGCUGCGCGAUGAGAUUAUCUACCUUGCCCACCGCGCCGCUCGUCCCAAGAUGUACCCACUCAACGACGACCUUUUGAGUCAGAACGAGCGGGCGCGCCACGACGCCGAGCGAUACAACGACAAGCCGACCAAGGUCCAUCUCCAAGUCUACGACGGCCAGCCGCACGUCUUGACCCUCUUUAGCUUCACGACGUCGGCGCGCUACGCAUACCGAGCCAUCGCCUCCUUUGUCAAGCAUGUCACAGGCGCACCCACGACGUACGUCUCGCCGUUCCCCACUGAGGCCGAGCGUCUGGAACACAGCGACACCAGAACAACUGUCUCAACGUCGGGGUGGACGCCCUUUGGUUCGUCACACCGCAUCGAGACAGGCAGAGAAGCCAAAGCCGACAACGACGGCGACGAGAGAAACCUCGACCGAAUUGACACGUCGCUUGGCCGCUCGUCGCCGCAGGCUCUCUCGCCUGAGAUCCUUUCGCCGGAGCAGCAGCAGCAGCAGCAGCAGUCGUCAUCCAGUGGCUCGUCCGACGCUGGCGGCUCUUCUGGACCCCCCACAUCGGCACCACCGGUCGAUGGUCCUGUCGAGGGUGCAACGCUUCGUGAUCGAAGGCGAAGAAACGUCACGCUGGGACAAGCCAACGAGUACGACGGUCAGGUCCCGCUUAAGCGGCCAACGUACGUCGACGAGAUGAUCCGCGAGCGCGUCGACAUCCGUGGCCAGAUCAGGCCUCUCGAGGAUGAUAGUAAGCUUCAGGCGCUCCAGAUGCCCUGCACCGAGGUCGGCGUCAUCAAGGAGGGACCCGUCAAGAGAUACCUGACGGGCCAGGAGCUGUGGGACAAUAAAUUCAAGCGCGAGGCAAAGAAAGUGGAGAAGCGACGAGCGAAGAACGAGGAAAGAGCCAAGGCGAUGAUCGAGAGGGCCGCCGAGCUCGGCCUCGUGGGACCACGCUGGGAAGAGGCCAAGGAGAAGAAGAUGAAAGACUCGUCAAAGAGCCUGCAGAAGGAGGAGUCCAAUGGCAGCGUGCAGGAGGAUGAGCGAUGGGCCGACCUCGGCUCCUUUGGGCCCCUGGACCUACAAGGCGAGAGGCCGCCGCCGAGCGCCAUUGCCGGGAGGAGAGACACCGGGGAGGCGCUGGAGCUGCUAAGGACGUCGUUGCAUAUGCGUGCAAAGAGCCUCGGGAUGGGCCACGACGAAGGCGCUGGUGUUCUCUACGGCCUCAAGGGGCACCACAAGGUGGGGGCCCACACGAGGAACCGCGUUCGAGCAAGGGAGGCGACGAAUGCGAGGGGCAAACAGAGCGCGGCCGAGAAGGAGCAAAAGACUCGGGCGAGGUACGGCCUCAAGGCUUGGGGAGACGCCAUUUCCUACUUUUCGGCAAAGAGGGGAAGGCGAGCGAAGCAGGCAAGCCGGGAAGGAUACGUAGAGGAAGAAGAGGAAGACGAAGAAGAUGGUGACAUAACAGAAACUGAGCAGGGUACGCAGCAAGCGCGCACAGUAGAGACACCCACACCAAACGAAUCUCAUCCAUAGCGGCCACUGGCGGCCAUUAGUAUUGGCAAUACUUGUUUUUAGGCUAGACUACUAUACGAACACUUGAUACCAUGACCAUCUCAGGGUGGCAAUUCUCCUAAUUCGAUCACUAGAG